UGAAUAUACCAGUUUAGCCAGUGCUAUGGAUCCUAAUGAUCCUGUUCAUAUUGAAGUAUUGAACAAGAUUAAAAAAAGAUUACGUUCCGAUACUUUUACUCGUGAAUAUAUUUUGGAAAUUAUAAAAAUGUAUCCGGAUUUGAUCCGUCUUCUUUAUAUCAACUUUGCUUUAACUCAUUAUGUUAACCCUCGUGGUGCCGCCCUUGA